ACCCCGAACCCGCGAUCCUCCACCCGAACCGCGGUUCCAAACCAAAAGUCACGUGAGCUUAGUCUCGAACCCGCCGCCAGGGAAGAAUCAGCAUCGCGGCGGGUGCCUGGGCGUCGACUGCUUCCCCGCUGCGUGGAAAGUGCGUGUGUUGGCAGAGAAGAGAUAUUCCAGUCGCUCGUUUGGAAGAUUUCGUUGCUGUGUGGAUUUAGUUGCUGUGCAGAGAUCGACAGCGGGACAGGAGGCUCGCGAUCUGUCUUUUUUGUAAGCGUACACGAUGGCACCUCCAAGGAAAGGCCCGAAGCCAUUCGAGAGCGGUCUCAAGCGGAUCGACAAUAAGCUGCGACAGACCUCGUUUCUGCAGGCAAUUGCCAUCAACCAGAAGAACUACUACACUGAAUACCUCAAACGUGAUGACCAGGCUAUGAUUUUACGGCAACUGGCCGAGGAUCUAGCAAGAGCCAAAGAGCAACAGAAAGAUGCUGAUCUGAAGCCGGCCGAGGACGAAAUGGACGUCGAUGGGAAAGAAGAUGAGGAGCCGGAAGAAGAGGAAGCGCAUGGAUCGAAAGUCAUUGUGAUUCAUCUCGGCUCGCGUAACACGCGAAUCGGGCUUGCAUCAGAUACCUUCCCGAUCACUAUCCCAACAGUAAUCGCGCACCGUGUCGAAGAACCAGCAGCAGCAGAUGACGAGGUGACAUCCCAGUUCCGGCCGCCCACAGACGCAAAGUUCCUUGAGCAAAAGCAGACAAUUACUCAGGAUUUUAAAGAGCGCAUGCGGUUCUACAAACGGCGCGUUGCUAGCAACUCGCACGACUCAGUGCUGUCGUUCAACAAGCGCACUGCACCUGAAGAGAUCCCGGAUCAUAACGAUCCGAACCGCAUCGACUGGACGAUUCCGACCGCGGAAGAUAAAUACUUUGUUGGCGAGAAAGCACUGAAGAUAUCUCCCUGGUCGACUCCAAAGUACAAGCUGUACUGGCCCAUCAAGCACGGUGUUUUCAACGAAGGCGAAUACAAAUCCAAACGACAACUGCUCGGCGAUAUCUCCAUCAUUCUCGAAAGCGCAAUCAAAAACGAGAUCGGCAUCGCAUCCCGCGAUCUGCCUUCUUACUCGGCGAUUCUCACCAUCCCAGAUUUGUACGAUAAGGUCGAAGUCUCGGAGCUGAUCAGCCUGCUCCUGGAAGAACUCCAGUUCAGCAAAGUCAGCGUGAUCCAGGAAUCCGUCGCCGCCACCUUCGGAGCCGGAAUCUCAUCCGCCUGCGUGGUCGACAUCGGCGCGCAAAAGACCUCGAUAUCGUGCGUCGACGACGGCAUGUGCGUCGUGGAUUCUCGAGUCAACAUCCCAUUUGGCGGAGACGACAUCACUCUCGUGCUCGGCAAGCUACUCAAGCUCUCACAGUUCCCGUACCGCGAGCUGAAUCUCGUAUACCAACAUGACUGGGCGCUGAUGGAGGAGAUCAAAUCAAAGUUCGCGACCGCAAAUGACGCCGAGAUCGCCGUCCAGCUAUAUAGUUUUUACCAGCGCACUCCGGGACAACCUGCACGGAAAUACUCGUUCAAAACUUUUGAUGAGGUUAUGCUUGCACCUAUGGCAUAUUUCUUCCCGGAUAUAUUCGAGAAUGAGAAUAAGCUGAAAAGCAGACAUACCCUGUUCGAGCGAUCAACCGAUAUCUACGAUGGCACCUGUAACGAUCCUUACUCCGAGGCCCAAGUUUCGCUAUACACGCAAUACACUCCUGAAUCAGAAAGCACGCAACUCCUCCAGCAACCCCAGUCCUCAUCGGUAUCCACCCCGCGCGUCACCUCCAAGUCCGGAAACAUAACCCAGAUCCAAGAAGAAAGCACGCCGACCUCGUCUGUCGCCGGCACACCCGCCCCCGAGCCCGCACCGUCGUCGACCGCCACUGCCCCGGCUGCUGCAUCGGCCACGCUGGCCGCUACCGGAGUCGCCGGCGUCGCGGGAGGCAACGCAGCCACGCGCGCGGCGGCAGGUCCGUCUGCGCAGGCGCUCGCGCUGGCGGUGAUGAACACGCAGAUUGUGAUUUCGGCGCCGCUGGACCACGCGAUCAUCGAGAGCAUUUCGCAGUUCAGCAAAGCGGACGAGGCGCGGGGCCGCAAGAUGUAUGAAAACAUUAUAAUUGUCGGCGGCGGCGCGUCGAAUAUUCCGCAAUUCAAUCGGUUGCUUGAGGAUCGCAUCGCGAUGUGGAAAGGGUGGAGUACCGGCUCGGUGUGGGUUAUGCCCACGCCGAGGGAGAUGGAUCCGAUGCUGUUGGCGUGGAAAGGCGCGUCUGUGUUUGUGAAGCUGAAGAUUGCAAAUGAGGUGUGGAUCAGUAGUCGCGACUGGGAUUUGUUGGGAAGCAGAUGUUUGCAGUACAAGUGUCUGUUUUUGUUCUAGUGUGUGAAUUUUGUAGUUGGGAUGUAUUUUUAUGAACAGUCGAUAAUAAUAGAUGUUUCACAGCGUGUGUGCUGCUACUCUUCUCGUGAUUUGUUAGAAUAUACAAGACUUGAUAUAUUUCUAUAGUUUUGUACAAAAAAGUAUAUUCAAGC